UUCGGCAGUGAUUGGAGUGAAGAAGCGUGAUGUCUGGAAGAGGCAAAGGAGGUAAAGGCCUGGGAAAAGGCGGAGCGAAGCGGCACCGCAAAGUGCUCCGUGAUAACAUCCAGGGCAUCACGAAACCAGCCAUCCGGCGCCUGGCUCGCCGUGGCGGGGUCAAGCGCAUCUCGGGCUUGAUCUACGAGGAGACCCGCGGGGUGCUGAAGGUUUUCCUGGAGAAUGUGAUCAGGGAUGCGGUCACCUACACUGAGCACGCUAAGCGCAAGACGGUCACUGCCAUGGAUGUGGUAUACGCUCUGAAACGCCAGGGCCGCACUCUCUAUGGAUUCGGUGGCUGAACAAAUGGACCCUUUUCCAGUGAACCCAAAGGCUCUUUUCAGAGCCACCCAAAGCCUCCGAUUGAGAGCGGAGACCUGAGGACGGGGAAGGCAGCACAUAGCGGGAGGGUAUAGUGUACCUCAGCUGGUUAUUUCACAUCUUUCACGACUUUUAAUUUUGGAUCAAUUCUUUACGAAAAUACACUAAUUUCGUGUCCAGCGUUACAGGAGAGCGAACAGGCAGAGCGGAUUAUUCACUUUGUUGUUGUCGGCAGAAACUAAUGUUUUAUUAUCAAAAUAUUCCUACAGAUAGAGGCUUUUCAGCAAUUCGAGAGUAUACUGAUAUGCAGCUAGUUGUGUUACAUUGCGACUAAGGUAGAGAAGCAGCAGUCAUUCGAUCAUGGCUGAUUUCUCAACCCUGCUGUGCCUUGUCCCCUUAACCUUUGAUCGUCUUGUGAAUAUCUGUGUAUCUCCGUAAUAAUACCAGUAUGUGUAGUUGGCUAUACAUACCAUGAAUAAUGAGACGCGAAUGAUACAUAUUGCAGUAUUUGUACUUUUUUAACCCUUCCAGGAAUGAUACUUUGUUCAGUUUUGAUUCUGACAGCCGUGCUGAUGUUUUAGUGGCGUGUUCUUUCCAUCUGCCUGUUACAGACAGUUCCGGCACAUUGUAAUUAUAAUUUGGGUGAAAUAAAAAUGUAACGAUAAAGUAA